CUUUUGUCGAGUCGAGUCCGACCACGUGCCAUCAGCAGCUCAUCAGCCAUUUUCCAUCAGUGCCCCCACACAUACACUUUUCCUUUCACAUCAAUUUUGUGCUCAUCUCCGGAUUUCUAAUGACAUCACAGAAUUGAAAUUCAAUUCCAGUGUUUUGUGAGCAGACAGCAGCAGCAGUUUUCGUGUCUCUUUUGUAUUUUCACGACAAGCUGGAAGGUGCCCACGCUCUGCCAUUCGACUGGUCGUCGUUUUCUAUUGGCAGUUGGUGAAGGCCUACCCCUAAUCAGGAGCUGCUUUGAGUUAAUAAGGAGGUGGAUCGAGCGCCUUUGUUGUUACUGGCCGAUUGCUGACGUCUGGUCCCUGCAACAACACAACAACUAAUAACAGUGGCCUGGUGCUUUGAGUCAAUGUACGCAACACACUGUGCUGCUCCGCCGCCAGCACGUCGCUGGUCCCCCGAAUGUUGGCGUUGCUGCUGAUGCCAACUCAUCGAUCUGUCAGAAGGCCACUAACAUCACACCACACCCAAGUGGCACAGCAGAAGCCGCUGACACGAACCAAAGGCCUACUAGCACAGCACCUCGGCAAGUGCGUGCGUGCGUGACUGGAGAGACGUUUCGCCGCUGCCAGUCUCUCUCUCUCUCAUCCGGAUUUUUUUUUUCUCUUCUUCCUCCAACUGUGUGCCCCUAAUAAACUCCUACAUGUAGGAGUCGAGAGUGUCUGCUGGACUGGACUGGGCAACGCUCCAUUCGUUUUCCUCCUCAUUUUCUCCGCCCGAUUGAGACUGAGCGUUGGUCACUUUGGCAUCAACGCCAGCAGGAGCUCAGAGUGACAGUGACACGCACGUCGGCCUCCUACCCGUCAAGAAGAAUAACGUGAGACACAGUGGGUGGCCUAGAAAUUCUAAAAAACAAAAUAAAAAGGAUCCUGCAAAGUUUUUGUGACGGAAAUCCCCAUGACGACCGCUGGUAGGAGCUCAAAAGUCAAGAAGAUGCUGCAACUAACCCAGGACGGUGGUUCGUCACGGUCCGGAGACGUCGCCGGACAUCACUGGCACUCGACAUCCCGAGGGAUUGCUCGUAUCCCGUUCUCUUCUGGAGGAGCCCAAGAGGCAAAAGGUGAAAGAGGAUCGGAAAGUGUUGUCGGAAAGAGAAGAAGAAGAAGAAGUGAAACGGGAUCGAAGGAGCCACGGAGACUUGCGCUGCAGCUUCGACUUGCUCAUCCCGUCGCUCGGCUGCUGCUGGCCCUUUUGCUCUUGACGCUAAUGGCGUGUCGACCGUGUCACGGUCACGAUCCCGAGCUCUUCGACAUGGACGACGAAGAUGGAAACGGAGCCCUGGGCACCGACAUCGUUCAACUGACAGGACCGUUACAACAUGUCGUCAGCGUGGUGAAAGGCAAGACGAACCUGCCGUGUGACAUUACUCCUCCUGUUGAGGACGAUCAAGCCAGUUUGGUGCUCUUCUACAAGGACGACGCGAGUCCAUCAAUCUACACGUACGACGCACGAGACAAGUACGCCAACCGGCCUCGCCACUGGUCCGACGACAACGUCCUGGGCAAACGAGCUUUCUUCUCCACGGUCCUGAUGCAGAAUAAUUAUUCCUCUUCCGGAUGCCUCAUGAUUGACAAUGUACGCGAAUCGGAUGCUGGACUCUACCGGUGCCGCGUCGAUUUCAAACGAUCGCCCACGCGCAACAGCCGAGUCAAUCUCACCGUUGUUGUUCCGCCCAAACAGAUGAAGAUCACGACCGAAAAGGGCGUAGAUGUGGACGACAUUAUCGGUCCGUUCGACGAAGAUGCGACGCUGAUCCUCGUCUGCAUUGUCACUGGAGGUAACCCGACACCGGAAGUCACGUGGUGGCAAGAAGAGAGGAUGAUCGACCGUCACGCCGAAGUUCGACAUUCGGAGCAAGGAGUGGCCCGCAACGUCCUGCAGCUGGAGCGUCUGGGACGAGUCGACCUGCGCACCAAAUUGUCCUGCCACGCAUCCAACACUCAACUCUCGCAGCCGCUGACCAAAUCCGUCGAGAUCGAACUCAAUCUCAAGCCGCUGGACGUUCGCAUACUGAGCAGUCGCCAACCGCUAUCGUCGGGCAAAAAAUACGAUUUGACAUGCCAGACGGCCGGAUCGCGUCCGCCUCCGACGGUGACAUGGUGGAAAGACGGGCAACUCCUACGUCGCUCCCAGGAGACUCCUUACGAUGGCGGCAAUGUGACGCUGAGCCAAUUAACCGUCCAGCUCACUCCCGAAGAUGACGGCAAGAAACUCGUUUGCCGUGUGGAGAAUCCGGCCCUGGGCCCAGCCUCGGCCGUCGAAGAUUCUUGGCUACUCGACGUCUAUUAUGUUCCUCGCGUUCGGCUGGAGCUCGGCAGGAACUUGGAAAGCGAACACAUCCGAGAAGGGAUCGACGUCUACUUCGACUGUCACGUCACGGCCCGUCCAUCAGCCGUUCGCCUCGUUUGGCGCCAUCAGGGCAACGUUUUACAGCACAACGUGAGCGCCGGUGUGAUCAUCAGCGAAUCGAGUCUGGUUUUGCAGCGAGUGGCGCGCAGCUCGGCGGGACGCUACACAUGUCACGCUAGCAACGCCGAAGGCGAGGGAUCCAGCUCACCUUUCCACCUGCACGUUGCACACAAGCCCGUGUGUCGUCCGGAGCAGAAGAAUUCGUACGGAGGCGCCAAGGGAUUGACGAGCGAAGUGGAAUGUCACGUUGAAUCCAAGCCGGGCGCCACGAGUUUCCGUUGGACGUUCAACGGCACCGGCGAAUUGGUCGACUUGACUUCGGGAUACCGGACCACGGCCGACGGCUCCAUCUCGAUCCUGCGCUACACACCUCGCAGUGAAAUGGAUUUCGGGACUUUGCUCUGCUGGGCCGCCAAUCCCCUCGGUCUCCAAUCGCAGCCGUGCGUCUUCCACUUUUACGCCGCCGGUGUUCCCGAUCCGCCCAGGAACUGUUCCAUCUCCAACCAGACUUUGUCGUCAUUUGAAAUCGAUUGCGCAGAGGGUUACGACGGCGGCAUUCCCCAGCACUUCAAGAUGCACGUUUUCGACAUCAAAACCAGAGCGUUGCUGGCCAACUUGACUUCCUCGUCGCCGAGAUUCGCUCUCCACUUGGGAUCCUCUUCGGGACCGUCUGGCCUCUCGCCAGGAGGAUCCGACGAAAACCCCAAAACCCACAGCUGGAAAUCUGGCGGAGGGUCGUCCAACAACAACCUCAUCACAAUCGAUGAGGCGCCCAACAACAAGACGGCCAGACGGCACAGCAAUGGCGGCGCUGGCUCCGCUAACGGCGGCGGCGGCAACGUGUUUUUCGGGAGCAUCGCCGUCAUUCCGCCGGUGGGCACGUUACUCCAGGUGACGGCGGUCAACGCCCACGGCGUCAGCGAAUCGGUUUUCAUUGAAGCCACUCAGCAGGCCGUCGUCGGGUUGCUGCCGGCCGAGAUGCAGGCCGCCGGUGGUGCGGGUGGAGGCGGCGGCUUCUCCAAUUUCGAGAUGACUCCCACCUUGGGCAUCUUGAUUGGCAUCGUCGCCACCGGUGUCUUCAUGAUGGCAACUCUCAUUGCGGCUCUGCGCUUCCGCCAGCGAAAGAACAAGCCGGGCACCAGCGGUGGGGCCAAUCAUCUCAACCAUCAAUCAGCUUCGGUCAUUAGCAAAGAUAAAGAUCGAGACAUGGACAGUUACAACGGCAACGAAUACAUUGAGCUGGGCACCAAAGAUCCGGAUGUUAUUGGCAAAGAUAAAUCAGGAAUGGAGUCGAUGCCGCACAUCAUCAGCAACCCGCUCGAUCUGAUGGCCAACGGUCGGACCCCGUCCAGCGCGUCGACUCUUCCGUUGCGCGGCGACAGUCCAGCUGGCUCUUCUUCCGCUGUUCGAUCUAGUCAGGAGGAAGUGGUUUACGCCGAGCUGACGCUGUCUCGUCAUCGACCGACUCACCUGGCCGUGCCGAGCGGCAAAUUGCCCGUAGGUACGACGGACCCGGUUGCCACCACCGCCGGACCCACGGACGGAGUGGUCUACGCCCAAAUAGACCACACUUUGAAGCGGAAGCAGCAACAACAGCAGUCGCAUAAACGAAUAAGAAGCGAAGCUCCGCCGCCGCCUACUACCACAGCAGCUCAGCUAUCCACCUUCCAGCAGCCAUUACUACAACAACAACACCACCACCACCACCAGGUCGUUCUGCCGGAUGUCAGUCAAACGAUGACCGCCCAUGGCAACAACAUUCGUGAAACCAUUUUAAUGUAAGAGACACAUAAACCAGACGCGUCGUCAUCACCAACCGACACCGCAUUAUUUUACAGUUACACCUUUUUUUUUCUAAAAGAUUUUAACUGGUGGACAGGUGGAGUUUAAGGCAAAGAAAUCGUAAUCCAAGUUAAAUGGUUCGUGUCUAUCGCCAUCGUUCUCUGCUUGUCGUUGUUGUGUCUCUGUGCAUUCCCGUGCACACAAACGCAAAAGACACAGUGCUGUACCAAGUCUAUAUUUAAAACAAAAAAACAAAAAAAAAGUAAAUGUGUGUCAAAAUGAUGUAAAAAGAAGAACAAAGCCGGCCAUUGUUGAACUCCUCUUUUGGUCGAUUUAUAUAUUCGCUGUUUUGAUGUGUCUCAUACGUGGUUCAACGCUUCAAAAUGAUUCCGUUCACACAAUAUUUUAAUAAUAUAUUGUUCAGUAUAUUAUUACCUUUUCCCCCGUCCUUUCACAGAAAAGACAUCACACUCUCUCUGGUAUCGUCAAGAAAGAAACCAGUUUUAUUUCUCUUAUUCUUUUAUUUUUGGCGCAAUGGCCAUCAUUUGGGAUGGCCAAGCUAUUGUUUGUAUUUGGAAACCAUGAUUUGUUGACGUGCUAUGUCCUGUGUUGAACAAUCUAUACCGGUUUCGUCUCCUUCUUCCUGAUUUCUCAUUGACUCUGUUGUACUAUUACGUGUAAAAUGAAAACUACCGUCUUUUAUAUGUCAGGACGAUUGGAUUUCUCUCGGCCCAUCUGUGUGUCUGUCUAUCACCCGUAACAAUGUUGAUAUUAUGUUUCUCUCAUCCGUUUUUUAAUUGAAAUGGAAAAAAAAAUAUUUUACGAUGUCGAGGAGAGAUGGGUGAAAGCGAGUCACAGAGAGAGAACUCUGCGCCGAUGGUGAUGAUAUAAAUAUAUAUUAUGUUUUAUGUUUAACAAAAUUGGUCACUAUAUAGCUUCAAUUUAUUUUAAUACAAUGGUACGUGUCA